AAGUUUCUGAGUCCUGCUCCCGAUCGCGGUCAGCCCUCCCCCUGUGUGUGCGCGCGUGUGUGCGCGCGUGUGUGCGUGUGUGCGCGCAGCGGGGAAGGGGCGGGGAGACUGCAAGCGACCCGGAGAGGCUGCCGGGGGACUCGCCGGGCGGCAGCUCGGCGGUGCCACCUCCGAGCCCAGGGCGGCCUGGAGCGCGCCCAUCCGGUGCCCUGUGCAACUGUCCCGCACUGCCGCGUCCCGGUCACCACGGGGUCGGCGAGAAAGACCCACCCGCCCCAAACAUAAAGCCUGGAGGAUUACAAAGUGAAACUGACCCGGGACAAUAAAAGCAAAGAUUCCAGGGCAGGGGCGAGGCGCGUUCGGGGGCGCUGGUGCCCUCCACGGCCCGAGGAAGCGUCCCUGGCAUGGUGAGGGGAGGGGACUCCGGGUUAGCGCGCUGCUGCUGCUGCCCGACCCCCGCAACGCAGAAGAGGAAGGGGGACCCGCGCUCGGUGGAUGUACAAAUGAUGCCUGGGCGGAGGUGAAGGAUGCGGAGGAGAGCCAGCGGCCGCCUGGGCGGGACCUCGGGCUCCAAGCCGCAGUCGGCACAGUGGCAGCCCUCGGUGGCCUGGAGGGGACGGAACUGAAAGCUGCGGGAGCCGCGGUGGGGACGCGGUGCCCCGGCUGCCUCUGAGGCCACGGAAGCUCAAUUCGGGGACUAACGUCCUGCUUCCCCGAAGCGAUACUGGAGAAAAGUCCGCAUCACCAGCCUCGGGUUUUCCUGGAGUCCCCACUUGGUCCCCGGGGCUCAGGGGCGCUGCCACUUUGGCUCUACCCUCCUCGGAGUCUCCACUCCGGGUAAGUUUUAAAGUUUUCGGGGAGACCUGCCUGCUCUGAGUGACUCCUCAUAUCCCCAAAGUCCAGGCCGCCUCUCCCGGCCGGCUGCGCUCAGACCUGGGAUUCCAAUUAAAGUGACUGGGACUCUCAGGAGGUCUGUGGACUUUCGCAGCAGAGCCCGGGGAUGCCCGGCUGCAGGUCGCCUCAGCCUCUCCUCCACUGCGCGUCUCACCGGCCACCUGGAGCCUUUCCCUGCACUUCUGACCCUUGCUGAGUCCCCUGAACAGCAGGGGUCUCUGGCGGAGCUAGUAUUUUAUUGGCGCCAAUUAACCCUUGUAUAGCUCAUUCAGUUUCCUUCACCUUGCUUCUCUUCCUCCGGCGGUUCCCAGAAGCCAGGACCAUGAACUUGGCCACAGACCCGGCUCCUGGCCGCCGGUGGCUCCCCCUGAGCUCUCCAUCAGUGAGCCAGCUCCUGCGAGUCUGCGGGCUGCUAACGCUGCUCCCGGGAUUCGGUCGGGUCCACGCCGCGGAGCAGCGCCAGGUGUUCCAGGUCCUGGAAGAGCAGCCUCCCGGGACUCUGGUAGGCACCAUCCCCACGCGUCCAGGCUUCACCUACCGGCUUAGCGAAAGCCACGCCCUGUUCUCUAUAAACAGCAGCACCGGAGCACUGUACACCACCGCCACUAUCGACCGCGAGAGCCUGCCCAGCGACGUGGUCAACCUGGUGGUUCUCUCCAGUGCGCCCACCUACCCGACCGAAGUGCGCGUGCUGGUGCGGGACCUGAACGACAACGCCCCGGUUUUCCCAGACCCCUCGAUCGUGGUCACCUUCAAGGAGGACAGUAGCAGCGGGCGUCAGGUCAUCCUGGACACCGCCACGGACUCGGACAUCGGCUCUAACGGCGUGGACCACCGCUCCUACCGCAUCGUCCGCGGCAAUGAGGCUGGCCGCUUCCGCCUGGACAUCACCUUGAACCCCAGCGGGGAGGGCGCAUUCCUGCAUCUGGUGUCCAAGGGAGGGCUAGACCGGGAGGUCACGCCGCAGUACCAACUCCUGGUGGAGGUGGAGGACAAGGGUGAGCCGAAGCGGCGGGGCUACCUGCAGGUCAACGUCACGGUGCAGGACAUUAACGACAAUCCUCCGGUUUUUGGCAGUUCCCACUACCAGGCGGGGGUGCCUGAGGACGCGGCUGUGGGCUCCAGCGUCCUGCAGGUGGCGGCGGCGGACGCAGAUGAAGGCACCAAUGCGGACAUCCAUUAUCGACUGCAGGACGAAGGGACCCCCUUCCAGAUGGACCCAGAGACCGGGCUUAUCACGGUGCGCGAGCCCCUAGACUUCGAGGCCCGGCGACAGUACUCGCUGACUGUGCAGGCCGUGGACCGGGGCGUGCCCUCGCUCACUGGGCGCGCUGAAGCGCUCAUUCAGCUUCGGGACGUCAACGACAACGAUCCGGUGGUGAAGUUCCGCUACUUCCCCGCCACCUCGCGCUAUGCCUCGGUGGAUGAGAAUGCGCAGGUGGGCACUGUGGUGGCUCUGCUCACAGUGACUGACGCAGACUCCCCCGCGGCCAACGGGAAUAUCUCGGUGCAGAUUCUCGGGGGCAAUGAGCAGCGUCACUUUGAGGUACAGAGGAGCAAAGUACCCAAUCUGAGCCUCAUCAAGGUGGCCAGCGCCCUGGACCGCGAGCGCAUUCCUUCCUACAACCUCACUGUGUCCGUAUCGGACAACGCUGGGGCGCCCCCUACAGGCGAGUUUCAGGCGCGCUCCUCCGUGGCCAGUCUGGUGAUUUUUGUCAAUGACAUUAAUGAUCACCCUCCAGUCUUUGCGCAGCAAGUGUACAGAGUGAACCUGAGUGAGGAGGCACCUCCGGGAAGCUACGUGAGUGGGGUUUCUGCCACUGAUGGAGACUCUGGUCUUAAUGCUAACCUGCGUUACAGCAUCGUCUCUGGUAAUGGACUGGGCUGGUUCCAUAUUAGUGAACACAGCGGCCUGGUGACCACCGGGGCUUCUGGGGGCCUUGACCGUGAACUUGCUUCUCAGAUUGUACUGAACAUAAGUGCCCGAGACCAAGGAGUGCACCCCAAGGUGUCCUAUGCCCAGCUUGUGGUCACUGUCUUGGAUGUCAAUGAUGAGCAGCCAGUGUUUAGUCAGCCGGAAGGCUAUGGUGUGUCUGUGGUUGAGAACGCUCCCACUGGGACUGAGCUGUUAGUUCUUGGAGCAACUGAUGGGGAUUUGGGUGACAAUGGGACAGUAAGAUUCUCCCUGCAAGAAGCUGAGAGUGACGGGAGGCUCUUCCGCCUGGACCCAGUCUCUGGGAGGCUGAGUACUGUCUCCUCCCUGGACAGAGAGGAGCAAGCCUUCUACUCCUUGGUGAUUCUGGCUACAGACCUUGGCUCCCCUCCCCAGUCAUCCACAGCUCGUGUGAAUGUCAGUCUUCUGGAUAUAAAUGACAAUAGCCCUGUGUUCUACCCAGUCCAAUACUUUGCUCAUAUUCAGGAGAAUGAGCCUGGAGGUAGCUACGUCACCACAGUGUCCGCCACUGACCCAGACAUGGGUCCCAAUGGAACAGUCAAGUACAGUAUAUCAGCUGGGGACAGGUCUCGGUUUCAGAUCAAUGGUCACAGUGGGGUCAUUUCUACAAGAAUGGCUCUAGAUAGAGAAGAGAAAACAGCCUACCAGCUACAAGUAGUGGCUACCGAUGGGGGCAAUUUACAAUCUCCCAACCAGGCCAUAGUAACAGUCACAGUGUUGGACACACAAGACAACCCACCGGUGUUCAGCCAGGCUGCCUACAGCUUCGUGGUCUUUGAGAACGUGGCUCUGGGAUACCAUGUGGGCAGUGUGUCUGCAUCUACCAUGGACCUCAAUGCCAACAUCAGUUAUCUCAUUACCACUGGGGACCAGAGAGGUAUGUUUUCUAUGAAUCCAGUCACAGGGAAGCUGACCACAGCAAGUAUGAUUGACAGGGAAGAGCAGUCCUUUUAUCAGCUGAAAGUAGUGGCCAGUGGGGGUGCAGUGACAGGAGACACGGUGGUUAACAUAACGGUUAAAGAUCUGAAUGAUAAUGCUCCUCACUUCCCACAGGCGGUGGAGAGCAUAAAUGCUGUGGAGAACUGGCAGGCAGGGCACAGCAUCUUUCAGGCCAAAGCUGUGGACCCUGAUGAAGGUAUCAAUGGUAGGGUACUCUAUAGUCUAAGGCAGAACCCCAAGAACUUGUUUGCUAUUAAUGAACAGAAUGGUAAUAUUAGUCUGCUGGGUCCCCUGGAUGUCCAUGCUGGCUCCUACCAGGUAGAAAUCUUGGCCUCUGAUAUGGGUGUUCCCCAGCUUUCCUCCAGCGUCAUCUUAACUGUUUAUGUCCAUGAUGUGAAUGACAACCCACCGGUGUUUGACCAGAUCUCCUAUGAGGUCACCCUUUCUGAGUCGGAACCUGUGAAUUCUCGAUUCUUUAAAGUGCAAGCUUUUGAUAAAGACUCGGGUGCAAAUGGGGAGAUAGCAUACACCAUUGCUAAUGGGAACACAGGGGACGCCUUCGGCAUAUUCCCAGAUGGCCAGCUAUACAUAAAGAGUGAAAUGGACCGUGAACUUCAGGACAGAUACGUUUUACUGGUUGUUGCCUCUGACCGAGCAGUGGAACCCCUUAGUGCCACUGUAAAUGUCACUGUGAUUCUAGAAGACGUCAAUGACAACAGACCUUUGUUUAACAGCACCAAUUACACAUUUUACUUUGAAGAGGAACAGAGAGCUGGGUCAUUUGUAGGCAAAGUAAAUGCUGCCGAUAGAGACCUCGGGCCAAAUGGGGAAGUGAGGUAUGCUCUUGAGAUGGUGCAGCCAGAUUUUGAGUUGCAUGCCGUCUCUGGGGAAAUUAGGAGCACCCAUCAGUUUGAUAGAGAGUCACUUAUGAGGAGGAGAGGGACUGCAGUGUUUAGCUUUACAGUGAUAGCCACAGAUCAGGGCCUCCCGCAGCCCCUCAAGGAUCAGGCCACCGUGCACGUGUUCAUGAAGGACAUCAAUGACAAUGCUCCCAAGUUUUUAAAAGACUUUUACCAAGCUACAAUAUCAGAGACAGCAACCAAUUUGACCCAGGUCUUAAGAGUGUCUGCCUCAGACGUGGAUGAAGGGAGCAAUGGUCUCAUUCAUUAUUCUAUUGUCAAAGGCAACGAAGAGAGACAGUUUGCUGUUGAUAGUGCCUCUGGUCAGGUGACACUCAUAGGCAAGUUAGACUAUGAAGCGACCCCCACCUAUUCUCUGGUCAUCCAGGCAGUGGACUCAGGUACUGUACCCCUCAAUUCUACCUGUACCUUAAAUAUUGAUGUUUUGGAUGAAAAUGACAAUAGCCCCUCUUUCCCAAAGUCAACACUAUUUGUGGAUGUUUUGGAAAACAUGAGAAUAGGUGAACUCGUGUCCUCUGUCACUGCGACUGAUUCUGACUCAGGUGACAAUGCUGAUUUACACUACACUAUCACAGGAUCAAACAAUCAUGGGACUUUCAGCAUUAGUCCAAACACUGGGAGUAUCUUUCUGGCCAAAAAGUUGGACUUUGAAACUCAGUCUUUGUACAAACUAAAUAUAACAGCAAAGGACCAAGGGCGCCCUCCUCGGUCAUCCACAAUGUCAGUAGUGAUCCAGGUGAGGGAUUUUAAUGACAACCCUCCUAGCUUUCCUCCAGGAGACAUAUUCAAGUCUAUCGUGGAAAACAUCCCCGUUGGUUCGUCUGUCGUUUCUGUGACUGCUCAUGACCCAGAUGCAGACAUCAACGGGCAGCUCUCCUAUGCCAUCAUCCAGCAGGUGCCCCGAGGGAACCACUUCAGCAUAGAUGAGGUCAAAGGCACCAUCUACACCAGCGCUGAAAUUGACCGAGAAUUUGCCAAUUUGUUUGAGUUAACUGUCAAAGCCAAUGACCAAGCUGUGCCAAUAGAAACCAGGAGGUAUGCCUUGAAAAACGUGACCAUUCUGGUGACAGACCUCAAUGACAAUGUCCCAGUGUUUAUAUCACAAAAUGCCCUGGCAGCAGAUCCUUCAGCCAUGAUUGGUUCUGUCCUGACCACCAUCAUGGCUGCAGACCCAGAUGAAGGUGCCAAUGGUGAGGUAGAGUACGAGAUAGUCAAUGGGGACACAGACACCUUCACUGUGGAUAGAUACAGUGGAGACCUGCGUGUGACUUCUGCAUUGGUGCCUUCACAACUCAUCUAUAACCUCAUAGUGUCAGCCACAGACCUGGGCCCUGAGAGGAGGAAGUCAACCACUGAGUUGACUGUCAUCCUCCAGGGCCUGGAUGGGCCUGUUUUCACUCAGCCCAAAUAUAUAACCAUCUUGAAGGAAGGGGAGCCCAUUGGUACCAAUGUCAUAUCGAUAGAAGCAGCCAGCUCCAGAGGGUCUGAGGCCCCAGUGGAGUACUACAUUGUUUCUGUUCGAUGUGAGGAAAAGACUGUUGGACGCCUCUUUACCAUUGGACGGCAGACUGGUGUCAUUCAGACUGCAGCCAUCUUGGACCGAGAACAAGGAGCAUGCCUGUACCUGGUGGAUGUUUAUGCCAUAGAAAAGUCAUCUGCUUUUCCCAGGACACAGAGAGCAGAGGUAGAAAUAACCCUUCAGGAUAUCAAUGACAACCCACCAGUGUUUCCAACAGACAUGCUGGAUCUCACUGUGGAGGAGAACAUUGGAGAUGGAUCUAAGAUUAUGCAGCUGACAGCCAUGGAUGCUGAUGAGGGUGCAAAUGCUCUGGUCACAUAUGCUCUCAUUAGUGGUGCUGAUGACAGCUUCCGCAUUGACCCUGAGUCUGGAGACCUGAUAGCCACCAGGCGGCUGGACAGGGAGCGGCGAUCCAAAUACUCACUGCUGGUUCGUGCUGAUGAUGGCCUUCAGUCCUCAGACAUGAGGAUAAACAUCACCAUCAGUGAUGUGAAUGAUCACACCCCCAGAUUCUCCAGACCUGUCUACUCUUUCGACAUCCCAGAAGACACAAUCCCUGGCUCUCUGGUGGCAGCUAUUUUAGCUACAGAUGAUGACUCUGGUGUGAAUGGAGAAAUCACAUACAUCGUGAAUGAAGAUGACGAAGAGGGUAUAUUUUUCCUGAAUCCAGUUACAGGAGUCUUCAACUUGACCCGAGCCCUGGAUUACGAAGCACAGCAGUAUUACAUCCUCACUGUUCAAGCGGAGGAUGGUGGGGGACAGUUUACCACCAUUCGAGUUUACUUCAACAUCCUUGAUGUUAAUGACAACCCUCCUGUUUUCAGCAUGAAUUCUUACAGCACCUCCUUAAUGGAAAAUCUGCCCAUUGGAUCCACAGUCCUUGUGCUUAAUGUCACCGACACAGAUGAUGGCAUCAACUCUCAACUGGCCUACAGCAUUGCCUCAGGUGAUAGCCUUGGGCAGUUCACAGUGGAUAAGCAUGGUGUUCUCAAAGUCCUCAAAGCUCUGGACCGUGAAAGUCAGUCUUUCUACAACCUGGUGGUCCAGGCCCAUGACUUACCUCAGCCUCCUGCCACCAGGUUCACAAGUACCACUCAAGUCUCCAUCAUUUUAUUGGAUGUCAAUGAUAACCCACCCAUGUUUCUUUCCCCCAAGCUGACGUACAUUCCAGAAAACACACCAAUAGAUACUGUUGUUUUCAAGGCUCAAGCAACCGACCCAGACAGUGGCCCAAACAGCUAUAUCGAGUAUACUCUCCUGAACUCUUUGGGAAACAAAUUCAGUAUUGGGACCAUUGAUGGGGAGGUGCGGCUCACUGGAGAGCUGGACAGAGAGGAAGUUUCGAAUUACAGUCUAACUGUGGUGGCCACAGACAAAGGGCAGCCACCCCUGUCAUCCUCUGCAGAGGUUGUAGUCAUGGUCCUGGACAUUAACGAUAACAGUCCUGUUUUUGCGCAGUCUGUGUAUAGAGUGCAGAUUAAAGAGAACACACUCACGGGGACAGAUAUAAUCCAGGUGUCUGCAGCAGAUGGGGACGAGGGCACCAAUGGACAGGUUCGUUAUGGCAUCGUGGAUGGAAACACCCAUCAGGAGUUCAGGAUCGACUCUGUCACAGGGGUCAUCACCGUGACCAAGCCUUUGGAUAGAGAAACAACUCCUGCUUAUGUUCUAACAGUUCAGGCCUCAGAUCGGGGCAGCAGCCCCAGAACCGAUGCCUGUACUGUCACCAUCGCUCUACUGGAUGUGAAUGACUUUGUCCCCAUAUUUGAACUUUCUCCAUAUUCUGUGACUGUCCCUGAGAAUUUAGGAGCCCUGCCCAGAACCAUUCUCCAGGUGGUGGCAAGAGAUGAUGACCAAGGACCCAAUAGCCAGCUCUCCUAUGUUCUGCUUGCGGGGAAUGAAGACAGUGCCUUUGCCCUCACUGCCAAUGGAGAGCUUCGGGUGACUCAGAGUCUGGACCGGGAAACCAGGGAAAUCUUUGUCCUGGUGGUCACAGCUGCUGAUGCAGGGUUCCCUGCCUUGACUGGAACAGGAACAAUCAAUGUCAUUGUAGAUGAUGUCAAUGACAAUGUCCCCACAUUUGCCAGUAACACGCACUUCACCACAAUCUCUGAAGAUGCCCUGACAGGAACAGACGUGUUGUUGGUGAAUGCCUCAGAUGCGGAUGCAGCAGCAAAUGCGGUCAUAAGUUACAGCCUCGUGGGUGGAAAUUCGCAGUUCACCAUCAACCCAUCCACAGGUCAGAUCAUCACGAGUGCAUUGCUUGACAGAGAAACCAAAGAUAAUUACACUUUGGUAGUGGUUGCCAGCGAUGCUGGGUCCCCAGAGCCUCUUUCCAGUUCUACCAGUGUGUGUGUCACAGUGACUGACGUCAAUGAUAACCCACCACGGUUCCAGCAUCACCCGUAUGUCACACAUGUCCCAUCACCUACUCUUCCAGGUUCCUUUGUCUUUGCGGUCACGGUCACAGAUGCUGACAUUGGACCCAAUGCUGAGCUCCAUUAUUCCCUUUCGGGCAGAAACUCUGACAGAUUUCACAUCGAUCCCCUGAGAGGAGCAAUCAUGGCAUCUGGGCCACUGAGUGGAGCUUCUGAGGUGACAUUUUCGGUUCAGGUGAAAGAUGGUGGCUCAUUUCCAAAGACAGACUCCACCACCGUGACUGUUAGAUUUGCCAACAAAGGAGAUUUCCCCAAAGUCAGAGCCAAAGAACAAACAUUCAUGUUUCCAGAAAACCAGCCAGUGGGCACUUUGGUCACCACCAUCACAGGGUCCUCUUUGAGAGGAGAAACUUUGUCAUAUUAUAUUGCAAGUGGGAACCUGGGCAUUACUUUGCAAAUUGGUCCAUUAACAGGACAGGUGUCCAUCAGUCAGCCUUUGGAUUUUGAAAAGACACAAAAAUAUGUUGUGUGGAUUGAAGCCAGAGACGGGGGCUUCCCUCCCUUGUCUUAUGAGAAGCUUGACAUUACAGUGCUGGAUACCAAUGACAAUGCCCCGACUUUCAAAGAAGAUCCAUUUGUGGCUGAAGUAUUAGAAAACCUAUCUCCUCGAAAAAUACUUACUGUUUCAGCAAUGGACAAAGACAGUGGGCCAAAUGGACAGUUAGACUAUGAGAUCGUUAGUGGUAACAAAGAAAAUAGUUUUACCAUCAAUCAUGCAACAGGUGAAAUCAGGAGCAUUCGCCCACUAGACAGAGAAAAAAUAUCUCAUUAUGAGCUCACUGUGAAGUCUUCAGAUAAAGGGUCCCCUUCUCAGAGUACCUCAGUAAAAGUCAUCAUCAAUAUUUUAGAUGAAAAUGAUAAUGCACCAAGGUUUUCUCAGAUAUUCAGUGCCUAUGUUCCUGAAAAUUCCCCCUUGGGAUAUACAGUCACCAGGGUCACAACUUCCGAUGAAGACAUUGGCAUAAAUGCAGUUAGUAGAUACUCCAUAGUAGACGCAAGUCUCCCAUUUACAAUUAACCCCAACACAGGAGAUAUUGUCAUUAGUAGACCUUUAAAUAGGGAAGAUACAGAUCGUUACAGGAUCCGAGUUUCUGCCCAUGAUUCUGGGUGGACCGUGAGCACAGAUGUCACCAUAUUCGUGACAGACAUCAAUGACAAUGCCCCAAGAUUCAGCAGACCCUCUUAUUAUUUAGAUUGCCCUGAACUUACUGAGAUUGGCUCCAAAGUGACUCAAGUAUCAGCUACAGAUCCCGAUGAAGGGUCAAAUGGACAGGUGUUUUAUUUCAUCAAAUCUCAGUCAGAAUAUUUCAGAAUCAAUGCCACCACUGGUGAGAUUUUCAAUAAGCAGGUGUUAAAAUACCAAAAUGUCAGUGGUUUGGGUAAUGUGAACAUUAACAGGCAUAGCUUUAUUGUGACCUCUUCAGAUCGAGGCAAUCCAUCCUUACUCAGCGAGACUACAGUUACCAUCAACACAGUAGAUAGCAAUGAUAACCCACCUCAGUUUCUUAAAAGUAAAUAUUUUACUCCGGUCACCAAAAAUGUCAAAGUUGGCACCAAGUUAAUCAAAGUGACUGCGGUGGAUGACAGAGAUUUUGGACUGAACUCUGAAGUGGAGUAUUUCAUGUCUGAUGGGAAUCACUUCGGGAAGUUUAAAUUGGACAAUGAUACAGGAUGGAUUUCAAUAGCAUCUUCCUUGAUUUCUGACCUGAAUCAAAACUUCCUGGUCACAAUAACUGCAAAGGAUAAAGGCAACCCCCCACUUUCUUCCCAAGCAACUGUUCACAUAACAGUCACUGAAGAGAACUACCACACUCCUGAGUUUUCUCAGAGCCACAUGAGUGCCACCAUCCCUGAGAGUCAUGGCAUUGGGGCUGUGGUCAGAACUGUCUCUGCCAGGGAUCGGGAUGCAGCCAUGAAUGGGUUGAUUAGAUAUGACAUUUCUUCAGGAAAUGAAGGGGGCAUCUUUGCAAUUAAUUCCUCUACAGGUGUGUUAACACUGGCCAAAGCCCUUGACUAUGAGCUAUGCCAGAAACACGAGAUGACAAUCAGUGCCACAGACGGAGGAUGGGUCGCAAGGACAGGCUACUGCAGUGUGACUGUGAACGUGAUUGAUGUGAAUGACAAUUCUCCAGUGUUUGCUCCUGAUGAAUAUUUCCCUACUGUUUUAGAAAAUGCCCCUAGUGGAACCACAGUCAUUUACUUAAAUGCAACAGAUGCAGACUCUGGAGCCAACGCUGUCAUUGUGUACAGUGUGCAGUCAUCCGACAGUGAUCUGUUUGUCAUUGACCCCAACACAGGGGUCAUUACCACCCAAGGCUUCCUAGAUUUUGAAACCAAGCAGAGCUACCAUCUCACUGUGAAAGCCUUCAAUGUUCCUGAUGAAGAAAGGUAUAGCUUCGCCACCGUGAAUAUUCAGCUGAAGGGGACAAAUGAAUACGUGCCUCGGUUUGUUUCCAAACUGUACUACUUUGAAGUUUCAGAAGCAGCUCCCGAAGGGACUGUGAUUGGAGAAGUGUUUGCCAGUGAUCGGGACAUGGGUACUGAUGGGGAAGUACACUAUUUGCUCUUUGGGAACAGUAGGAAGAAGGGUUUCCAGAUCCACAAGAAGACGGGGCAGAUUUAUGUGUCUGGACUUCUUGAUAGAGAGAAAGCAGAAAGAGUGUCCUUGAAGGUCUUGGCCAAGAACUUCGGCAGCAUUCGGGGAGCAGAUAUAGACGAAGUCACUGUGAAUAUCACCGUGCUUGAUGCCAAUGACCCACCAGUGUUUAGUCUAAACAUCUACCGAGUCCAGAUCAGUGAAGGGGUCCCAACUGGGACACAUGUGACCUUUGUGAGUGCCUUUGACUCUGACUCUAUCCCUGACUGGAGCAGGUUUUCUUACUUCAUUGGAUCAGGGAAUGAAAACAGUGCCUUUUCCAUUAACCCACAGACAGGCCAGAUCACAGUUACCUCAGAGCUAGACCGGGAAACCCUACCUGUUUAUAAUCUCACCGUCUUGGCUGUGGAUUCAGGGACCCCUUCGGCGACAGGAAGUUCUUCCUUGCUAGUCACUCUGGAAGACAUCAAUGAUAACGGGCCGGUGUUGACCAUCAGUGAAGGGGAAGUUCUAGAAAACAAGCGCCCAGGAACUCUGGUGAUGACCCUUCAGUCCACGGAUCCUGACCUCCCCCCAAAUCAAGGCCCUUUCACCUACCAUCUGCUGAGCACAGGGCCAGCCACCAAUUAUUUCAGUCUGAAUACUGCUGGAGUUCUGAGUACAACCAGGGAGAUCGACAGGGAACAGAUCUCAGACUUCUAUCUGUCUGUAGUCACUAGAGAUUCUGGGGCUCCUCAGAUGUCUUCCACUGGAACAGUGCACAUCAGUGUUCUAGACCAAAAUGACAACCCCUCACAGUCCCGUACAGUGGAGAUAUUUGUUAAUUAUUAUGGCAACUUGUUUACAGGUGGGACUUUAGGCUCUGUGAAGCCUCAGGAUCCAGAUGUGUUAGACAGCUUCCACUGUUCCAUCACCUCAGGGGUCACCAGCCUCUUCAGUAUUCCAGUGGGUAGCUGUGACCUGAGCUCCCAGCCUAGGUCCACUGAUGGCACCUUUGAUCUGACAGUCCUCAGCAGUGAUGGAGUUCACAAUGCAGUCACCAACAAUAUCCGAGUGUUUUUUGCUGGAUUCUCCAAUGUUACAGUGGACAACAGCAUCUUGCUUCGUAUAGGUGUUCCCACAGUUAAGGACUUCUUGACUAACCACUACCUUCACUUCCUGCGCAUUGCUGGUUCCCAGCUCACUGGCUUGGGCACGACUGUGCAACUGUACGCGGCUUAUGAGGAUAGCAACAGAACGUUUCUCUUAGCAGCUGUGAAGGGAAAUAAUAACCAGUAUGUGAACCCUAGUGGCGUAGCCACCUUCUUUGAAAGUAUCAAAGAGAUUCUUCUUCGACAGAGUGGAGUCAAGGUGGAGUCUGUCGAUCAUGACCCAUGCAUUCACAGCCCCUGUCAGAACGGGGGCAGCUGCAUCCGAAAAUUGGCAGUGGGGUCUGCACUGAAGAGCCAGGAGAGUCUGCCUGUUAUCAUUGUGGCCAAUGAGCCUCUGCGGCCUUUCCGGUGCAAAUGCGCACCAGGCUAUGCCGGCAGCUGGUGUGAAGUAGACAUUGACGAAUGCCUUCCAGCCCCUUGCCACAAUGGCGGGACCUGCCACAAUUUAGUGGGGGGAUUUUCAUGCAGCUGCCCUGACGGCUUCUCUGGGAGAGCCUGUGAGAGAGACAUCAAUGAGUGCCUGCCCAGCCCUUGCAAGCAUGGGGCUGUCUGCCAGAAUUUCCCAGGAGGCUUCAACUGUGUGUGUAAAACCGGAUACACAGGAAAAAUGUGUGAAUCUUCUGUCAAUUACUGUGAAUGCAACCCCUGCUUCAAUGGUGGAUCCUGUCAGAGUGGUGUGGAGUCCUACUACUGCCACUGUCCGUUUGGUGUCUUUGGGAAGCACUGCGAACUGAACAGCUAUGGAUUUGAGGAACUUUCAUAUAUGGAGUUUCCCAGCUUGGACCCCAAUAACAACUAUAUUUAUGUCAAAUUUGCAACUAUUAAAAGUCAUGCUUUGUUGCUUUAUAAUUACGACAACCAGACAGGGGACCGGGCAGAGUUCUUGGCUCUUGAAAUUGCUGAAGAAAGGCUCAGAUUCUCCUACAACUUAGGCAGUGGGACAUAUAAACUCACCACCAUGAAGAAGGUGUCAGAUGGACACUUCCACACUGUAAUCGCUCGGCGAGCAGGAACGGCAGCUUCCUUAACUGUGGAUUCUUGUUCUGAGAACCAAGAGCCAGGAUAUUGCACUGUCAGUAAUGUGGCAGUUUCAGAUGAUUGGACUCUUGAUGUUCAGCCAAAUCGAGUCACAGUUGGAGGAAUCAGAUCCCUAGAGCCAAUUCUUCAGAGGAGGGGACAUGUGGAGAGUCACGACUUUGUGGGCUGCAUAAUGGAAUUUGCAGUCAAUGGAAGACCUCUGGAGCCCAGCCAGGCUUUGGCGGCACAAGGCAUUCUUGAUCAGUGUCCUAGACUGGAAGGCACCUGUGCUCACAACCCCUGCCAACAUGGAGGCACGUGUGUGGACUUCUGGUCCUGGCGACAGUGUGUCUGCUCCGAGGGUCUGACCGGGAAACUCUGUGAAAAGUCUGUCACUCCAGAUACUGCCCUAUCAUUUGAAGGCAAAGGACGCCUGGACUACCACAUGAGCCAGACUGAGAAACGGGAAUACUUGUUAAGACAGAGCCUACGGGACACCAUGUUGGAGCCUUUUGGUGUGAACAGUCUGGAAGUAAAAUUCAGGACACGGAGCGAGAGUGGCACUUUGAUCCAUGUCCAAGAGAGCAGCAAUUAUACCACGGUGAAGAUUAAGAAUGGAAAAGUACAUUUCACGUCAGAUGCAGGGGUUGCCGGGAAAGUGGAGAGAAACAUUCCGGAAGUGUAUGUCUCUGAUGGCCACUGGCACACCUUCCGAAUAGCGAAAAAUGGAAGCACCACAGCUUUGUCUGUGGACGGAAUAUAUAACAGAGAUAUUAUCCGUCUCACUCAGGACUUUGGUGGCCUCGAGGUGCUCACCAUCUCUCUUGGUGGAAUCCCACCCAACCAAGCCCAUCGAGACACACAGACAGGCUUCAAUGGCUGCAUCGCAUCGGUGCUCUAUGGUAAAGAGAGUCUGCCUUUCAGCGGGAAACACAGCUUGGCUUCCAUCUCCAAAACAGAUCCCUCGGUGAAGAUUGGCUGUCGGGGUCCCAACAUAUGUGCCAGCAACCCCUGCUGGGGUGACCUGCUUUGUAUCAACCAGUGGUAUGCCUACAAGUGUGUCCCCCCAGGUGACUGCGCAUCCCACCCCUGCCAGAAUGGUGGCAGCUGCGAGCCAGGCCUACACUCAGGCUUCACCUGCAGCUGCCCAGAGUCACACACUGGGAGGACCUGCGAGACGGUAGUGGCCUGCCUUGGCGUCCUCUGUCCUCAGGGGAAAGUGUGCAAGGCUGGGAGUCCUGGGGGACACGUGUGUGUCCCGACUCAGGGCCCGGAAGAGAUCUCUUUGCCUUUGUGGGCCGUGCCUGCCAUCGUGGGUAGCUGUGCCACGGUCCUGGCAUUGCUGGUCCUCGGCUUGAUACUGUGUAAUCAGUGCAGGGGAAAGAAGCCCAAAAACUCCAAAGAGAAGAAACCCAAGGAGAAAAAGAAAAAAGGCAGUGAGAAUGUUGCUUUUGAUGACCCAGACAACAUCCCACCCUACGGGGAUGACUUGGCAGUGAGGAAGCAACCCGAGGGGAAUCCCAAGCCUGACAUCAUUGAGAGGGAGAAUCCUUACCUGAUCUACGACGAGACCGACAUCCCCCACACCUCAGAGACCAUUCCCAGCGCCCCACUGGCUUCCCCGGAGCAGGAGAUCGAGCACUAUGACAUUGAUAAUGCCAGCAGCAUUGCCCCCUCGGACGCAGACAUCAUCCAACACUACAAGCAGUUUCGCAGCCAUACUCCCAAGUUCUCUAUCCAGAGGCACAGCCCCCUGGGCUUCGCCAGGCAGUCCCCCAUGCCCUUGGGAGCAAGCAGUCUGACCUACCAGCCUUCUGCCUAUGGCCAGGCAUUGAGAACCAGCUCUCUCAGUCACUCGGCCUGUCCCACUCCCAACCCCCUGUCUAGGCACAGCCCAGCUCCUUUCUCCAAAUCCUCUACUUUCUACCGGAACAGCCCGGCUCGGGAACUUCACCUUCCUCUGAGAGAUGGCAGUACUCUGGAAAUGCAUGGUGACAGCUGCCCUCCUGGCGUGUUCAACUAUGCCACCAGGCUGGGGAGGAGGAGCAAGAGUCCCCAGGCCAUGGCUUCCCACGGUUCGAGACCCGGGAGUCGCCUCAAACAGCCAAUUGCACAGAUCCCUCUUGAAUCAUCGCCUCCAGUGGGACUCUCCAUUGAAGAGGUGGAAAGGCUCAACACCCCUCGCCCCAGAAACCCCAGUAUCUGCAGUGCAGACCACGGGAGGUCAUCUUCAGAGGAAGACUGUCGAAGACCCCUGUCCAGAACCAGGAACCCAGCGGAUGGCAUCCCUGCUCCGGAAUCUUCUUCUGACAGUGACUCCCACGAUUCCUUCACAUGUUCUGAAAUGGAAUAUGACCGGGAGAAGCCCAUGGUCCACACCUCUAGGAUGCCCAAGUUAUCGCAAGUCAAUGAAUCAGAUGCGGAUGAUGAAGAUAAUUAUGCAGCCAGACUGAAGCCCAGAAGGUACCACGGCCGCAGGGCUGAGGGGGGUCCUGUAGGCACUCCCUCAGCAGCUCCUGGUGCCUCUGACAGUACCCUGAAGCUUGGGCAGCAAGCAGGCAAUUUCAGCUGGGACAACCUUUUGAACUGGGGGCCGGGCUUUGGCCAUUACGUGGAUGUCUUUAAAGAUUUGGCUUCUCUCCCAGAAAAGGCAGCAGGUAAUGAAGAAGGUAAAGGUGGGACAACUAAGCCAGCCCCCAAAGACGGGGAGGCAGAACAGUAUGUGUGAGGUAUACCUACUUGGCAACACACAAAGCAUUGUGCCAUUGCCCACUAGAUUGGGUCGCUUUUGUAGAACAGGCCAGUAUAGACUAGUGGCCAUGGGAAAUGUUUAAAAUAAUAACCACAAAGCUGCUCACACAGACUCAAAUGACUCUAAUUUAAAUGUGCUUAGAUGAACCAUCCUUCUGCAUGCAUUGUGUUUUGUGAUGAGUUUGGGGCAUGCAGCAUUUGGGAAGUUUUGCUUCUUUACCAGUGUUUGGUUUGCGGGUUUUGCAGUUAAUACUGUUACUGUUGCAGACAUGAACUUGUGCUUUCACAGUGGGUGUGUGUAUUUGUUUCCAUUGUAGUAUUAUAAUUGUGUUUUCCAUUGCAAGUUCACUUAGGUUUAACCAUCCCUUGUAAAGUGUAGGAAGGAGCCUUCACAUCCUUGGAUGAAAGACUAUGUAUUAAUACUUCAGAUGUAUAGCUUCCAUAUGCAGUGUUGCUCAGACAUGGCUGAGUGUUUGCUUAUUUUCCAUGACGGUGGGUACUAAGAUUAAGUCAUUUUGUUCGGCACUUUAAUGCUUUCUUACAAAACUGUGUUGACACUUGGGUAUCUCUGUGCAAACAGUCACAGCCUCCUGACUUACCUCAGGCUUCCUCAAGGAACAAGAUGACUGACGUUGUCCCCAGAACACAGCCACUCCUUCUGCGGACCGAUGCUCUUAGCAGCACCUUCUAAGAGACAGUUUUUUAAAAAGUUAUUUAUUGAAAAGAAAGUUCUAUGCUUUUAACGUGUAAGGAAUUGACCCAAGCAUUUUUUCUUAUUUUCCAGCCAUUCAACAUUUACCCCAAGUACCCAGUUUUAUAAUUUAUAUAAAGUCAAAUUGCAAGGUUUCUUACUUUCUGUCAUUUUGUAGGUCAUUUUUUAAUACUGUGUAAAAACUUUUUUUUUACACCUGAGCUGUGUUUUUGAUACUGAUAUUUUCUUAUGCUGAAAACUUUUCUUGCUUUCAGGGAAGGUAAGAAAAGAACUUUUUUACAUUUGUUACUUAUGUAACAUUCGUAUCUUUCACAGUUUGAUAUCUGUAAUAUACUGUAUGCUUUCUACCUGUAAAUGCCAACAAUAGAAUUAAAAUAUUUAUUUAAAA